CGAACAGAGGGCCUGAUCUAUUUGCGGAAGAACUAUACGGAUUUUAAUUAAUACGAGACUUUGAACAAAAUGGUCAAAGUUGUUUGUUCAUCCAAUUCAAGACCCAAGUUUACAAAGCACGAUGCCAUAGCUCUGUGCCUGGCGCUGUUUAUUCCAUUCACUGUUAUUAUCCUUAUUUUGGUGUCAGUUUUUCCAUCAAUGGGAGGCGGUCCAUUGCCUGACUUUAGCAACCCAACAAAGGGUUUUGAACCAAGAGGUACAAAACUGAGUAACAAGAUGGUGACAAUAAAAAAUUUUUAUGAAUUUUAUGAACCUCCUCAAUUACAAACAGGAGGCCAGCAGAACAAUGUCUCAUCAUCUGUAAAGAGAAAGCGUCAAUCAACUCAAAGUUCUCUUGAACCUCCUUUGCCAUCUGAUGAACUUAAUAGGUAUGAUCAUGCAAGAAUGAUGUUCAUUUUUGAGGCAUCAGGUGGCGAUGAAAACUUGUUAGUAUCCAGCAAGCUCAAAGAUGUUUGUGAAAUAGAGAAUUCCAUUUUGAGUGCCAGCUCUUUAUAUGCACAAUACUGUCUCAGCAUUUAUGAUGGAAAAACAACAAAGUGUUACUCAAGCUAUUCUUUGGGAAAUUAUAUUGCCUUGCUUAAUAACCGCACAACAUGUCGAGACAUAACUGAUCAAGAUGUUUUAUACGUCAAGAAUUUGUUGCUUCAGUGCCACCCGUACUUUGUGAAACAAAGUUUGAAGGGAUCUUGUGCCACUUCCAGCUGUGAGGGCGUCCCAGCUAAUUGCACCAAACACAAUGCUGUGUAUAAUAUUUUCCAGUUUCUAACAGACAAUGAGAUGAGUCCAUCCAAUGAUAUGUUUCUGAAAUAUACGACAUCUUUCCCACAAGCAUCUGGUUAUGACUUAUAUGAUGAGUUGUAUUUGGAGCUAAACGAUGGUGUUCCUGAAAGAGAUGGGGUGAAACUUGCCUCUUUUUGGUUUAGGAACUAUAAGUUUGAUCUUUUUCAAAUUAAGCUUCUCACUGAAGUCAUAUACCCUGCUCUUGCCAUGAUUAUUGUUUUUCUUAUUAUGUGGUUUUUCUUGAGUUCUUUCAUUCUCACUUUCACCGGCCUUUUUUGCAUUAUUUAUGCAAUUGGUCUUUCAUAUUUUCUUUACACAAUGGUCUUCAAAAUAGACUUCUUUCCAUUUCUGAAUGUUACCACACUGGUGUUUUUGGUGGGCAUUGGAGCAGAUGAUGCUUUUGUGUAUUAUGACAUAUGGAGACAGGCACUUGCUGCUAACCCUUGUGCAAACAUCAUGCAGCUGACAUUGAAGACCUUGUGUGAUGCUGCCCUCUCCAUGCUUGUCACAAGCUUGACGACAGCAUCAGCAUUUUUCGCAGGAGUAUCUUCCUCCAUCACUGCUGUUAGGUUGUUUGGACUGUUUGCUGGUACAUCCAUCUUGACAAAUUACUUGCUAAUGAUAACAUAUUUCCCAGCUGUUGUGGCUUUGCAUGAGAAGUGGGUGUUGAAGCACAAAGAUGGACAUUCAAGCUUGGAAGUGGUCCCCGAUGAAUCAUAUGAUCUUGAUGAAGUUCAGUCUCCUAAGACUGGGGCAGCAAUAGCACAGAACAUGUCAGAGAGAAACAUCAUGAAGUCUGUUGUUAACAGUCCUGUCAAUCAAAAUGAGGGAAGCAUUUGUUUUCUGCAAGUCAUUGACUUUCCAUGUUCUUUGUUAAUAUCAUCCACAAGUUUUUCCAAAACAGUAGGUUCAAAGGUGUUUGAAGAUUGGUUACCAAAAGCAGUGAUCAAGUUACGUUAUGUAUGGAUUACCCUGUUAGUGUGUCUUACAGUUGGAUUUCUAUGUGUUAAUUUUGUUAAACCAGGUCUGCAGCUGCCAAACACAAGUGACUUCCAGGUGUUUAGUUCAUCCCAUCCACUUGAAAAUUAUUACUUAAACUAUAAAAGCUACUUUAGAUUUACCAGUUCACAGCAAAGUGGUGGGAUGUGGCUGGAACUGUUCUGGGGAAUAAAACUUGAAGAUAAUGGAAAUCACCUUAACCCAGAUGACUAUGGCACCCUACAACUGGAUGAAAACUUUGAUAAAUCAAGUCUGUUCAGUUCAGCUGGUCAAAAGUUCCUCCGUUCCUUGUGUCAGUCCAUUGAAAAGCAACCAUUUUUUGUGACUUUUCCUUCAAGUGAUACAUGCCCUAUAGAAGCAUUCAUUAAAACUUGUACCUCACCAGGAACAGCAUGUUGUGGGGUUAACGCUAGUUUUCCAUUUCCAGCUGAUACUGCAGAGGGCUGUUUGAGAACAGCUUUAUCCAUGCCUAGUUCUGCUGGAGUUGGGCUUUUGUUUGACCAGCAAGGGAAAGUGAUUGGUUUUCAUUUGCAAAUAAUCACAGGUCAACCAUUUACCACCAGCUUUACUGUUAUGGAUGACUUCUGGAAGAAAGUGACAGAUUGGUUUGACAAAGAAAUGGCUAAGGCUCCAACAGGAUUGGAGAAUGGUUGGGUAGGAUGCUGGAACCUGGACUUCUAUGCUCUGCAGAUGGGACUGUCAGAAGGAACAUACUCUUCUUUGGGAAUCUCUGUGGCUGUAUCAUUUGGAGUCAUGCUGUUCACAACCCUCAACAUCUUCAUCAGCAUCUAUGCAAUUAUCACCAUCAUUGGAAUUAUUUCCAUAACCAUUGGGUGUCUUGUGCUGGCUGGCUGGCAAUUGAAUAUUUUAGAGUCCAUUGUGGUGUCAGUUGCAGUGGGUCUGUCCAUUGACUUCACAAUGCAUUAUGGUGUGGCUUACACACUUGCACCAGACAAAAGUCAGAGAGAUAGCAGGGUGCGUUACUCUUUGAAGCACAUUGGAUCUGCCAUAACAAUGGCAGCUCUUACAACAUUUUUCACAGGUGUGAUGAUGAUGCCAGCCACAGUCUUAGCAUACUUUCAGCUUGGACAGUUCCUAAUGUUGGUUAUGGUCUUCAGUUGGCUUUUUUCAACUUUUGGCUUCUUGUCUAUUUGCUCUUUGAUUGGUCCAAAGGAUUACUUUGCAGAAUUGAGCUUUAGUCAUAUCCGCAGAAAUAUUUCUUCACACCGAAAUAAACCUUUGAAAAGCCAAGAAACUAAACCAGAGGAAGGAACUAAACACAUCACUACACCCUUUUUAAAGACAUCCCUCUAAAGUGUACAGCAAAACUAAAGUACACCUUAGUUACUAUCUGUUGGAAAGGUGUUGUGAGGCAGGUUGAUCCUAGUAAGCUGAGUUGUGUCAUAAAGUAAAUAGAAACAGAUAUUGCCACCAAGUACGCAUGUCAGGAUGUACUUGUUGCAUCAUAUGCUAAGUUCUGUCAAGUAAGAGAUCCUAUAAUCAAAUCUGCUUUCAUGGCAUUGAACAGAGUUAAGUGUUGUGAUGUGUGUUUUCAUGUAGAAUAUUCAUAGAUGCCAUAAUUUUAGAGAGUAGUGGUAAAUAUGAGAACAUAGAGUGCUCUCACCUGUCCAUUCCUAGAAGUGACCAAAAAGGAAUUUCUCUUCACAAAAUACAUACAUAUUGAAGCUGAAAAGUUACGAGAAGAGAGGAAUACCCUCAAUGGAAUGUGCUUCCUGGCAACAAUUUUAUGAUGAUAGGUUGCCAAUUGGUGACUUAAAAAAGUUGACAUUGCAGUCAUAUAGUUUGUCCAGGUCUUGAAAUCCAGUUCUGUUAGUCUUAGUUUAGGAAACUGAUACAUCUGUCCAUUUUGCUAUGGGUACAGUAUAAAAUCUUAUUAUAUUCCAUCCAUACCAUCCAGUAAAUGCUGUCUUUGGUGCAGCCCUUUGAUAAUUAUUGAAUAAUAUUUCCUAUUUUCCUGGAGUAACCUUUAGAUAAGGUGUAAAAUAUUCUCUUCAGAACAUUAGAUGUAUUUGUUAUAGUUAUUAGUUGUUUGGCCUAUUUUUAUAUGCUUAAGUUAUCUCAAAUUCUGUAAAGUGUGGGUGUUAAAUAUAUUUUAAAGUGGGAUCAGUUAGAUUGCUGUCAAAACAAAUUUUUAAAUUUAGUGUUUGGAUUCUAAACCUGUAAGCCACAACAAAUAUUGUCUAUAUUGUUAAGGAUUUGGGCAGGGUUUAAUUCUUUAAAUGCAAAUUAUGAUAA